GCACCACCACCACCACCAUGAAGGGCAAGGCCGACGCCUCCACCAAGGGCGAGGGCAGGCUCAAGGCCGCCGGCGGCGCCAGCAAGAGGAAGAAGGCCGCCGCUGCCGCUGGCAAGCCCAAGCGCCCGCCCUCCGCCUUCUUCGUCUUCAUGUCUGAAUUCAGGCAGGAGUACCAGGCGGAGAACCCUGGCAACAAGAGCGUCGCCAACGUGAGCAAGGCGGCAGGGGAGAAGUGGCGCGCUAUGUCCGAUGAAGACAAAGCACCUUAUGUUGAGAAGGCUGGGCAGAAGAAGAAGGACUACGAGAAGACCAAAGCCACCUUCGAGAGCAAGGAGAGCGCGAGCUCCAAAAAGGCCAAGACUGCUGAUGUUGAGGAGGGCGAGGGCUCUGAUAAAUCCAAGUCUGAGGUCGAAGAUGAUGGCAGUGACGAGGAGGACGAUGACGAGUAAAUAGUGUAUCUGAGCAUGAGGUAGCAAAUUGGGUCUUGGGUCCCCAGUUAGUUUACUAAUUUGCUGUCCUCUGUUUUAGAUGAUGGAAGUCGAAGUAGAAUGUUGCGUCUUUGUGUGAGGGGGACCCUCUUAGAGUUAUGGACUCAUGGUUUGAGAAGUUGUUUUAGUAAUGUUUUAGCAGAGAAAAAGCCAAAUGCUACUAUAGCUGUCCUGUUGCUUUUCUUCUGCUAAUCACCUGUGUAAGAACUGGUUUUUCAUUCGCUAAUCUGAUGACUACUGCCCAGCCAUUGGCUCUUAGUUAA